AUGAGGAAAAAGAUGUUUGCUGCACGGGAGGCAAACAAGCAGCAUGUGCGAUGUCAGAAGUGUUUAGAAUUUGGACAUUGGACCUAUGAAUGUACAGGGAAGAGAAAAUAUCUGCAUAGACCUUCAAGGACAGCCCAAUUAGCACAAAUUCUUAAAGAAAAAGAAAAGCAACUAUUGCUGCAACAAAGCACUGGAGAAAGUACUGCAGAAAGGAAGACCAAGAAAAAAAGAUCAAAAAGUGUGACCAGUUCCAGCAGCAGCAGUAGUGACAGUUCAGCUAGUGAUUCCUCAUCUGACAGUGAAGAUUCUUCUACCUCCUCUUCUUCUGAUGACAGUGACAGUGACGAGAGCUCCUCCACUUCCUCAUCUUCUCCAUCCUCGAGCAGUAGUUCCUCCUCUUCAGAGUUUGAUUCGGAUUCUAGUUCCUCCAGCAGCAGCAGCAGCAGCACAGACAGUAGCUCCGAUGAUGAGCCACCAAAGAAAAAGAAGAAGAAAUAG